CCUUAAACUCCCUCUGCCCUGGGCUGGCUCGAACAUUAGGAGCUGCCGACUGCACCCUCAGCAGCAUCUGGUGGGACAGACAUGAUGGUGCUGAGGUUAGGGAGCUGGGCUCCCCUGGGCUCUCUCUUCUCCCUGCUCUUUUCUACCUGCAUGGCGUACAUCCCUACCAGAGACAACUGCUGCAUAUUAGAUGAACGAUUUGGUAGCUACUGCCCAACGACCUGUGGUAUUGCAGAUUUCUUUAAUAAAUACCAUCUGACCAUGGAUAAUGAACUGCAGGAGAUUGAGACAAUGUUGCGGCAGAUCAGUAAUGCCACAGGAACAGCAGAACAUUUGAUCCAACACAUCCAAAGCCUCUAUUCUCCAGAGAAGCAGACACUACCAAAUUCACUCGAUAAUUAUACUCAAAAGUCCAAGAAAAUAAUUGAAGAAAUUAUCAGAUAUGAAAACACUAUUUUGUCUCAUGAAAAUACUAUACAACAGCUGACAGACACACACAUAUUGAACAGCAACAGGAUCACACAGCUGAAACAGAAGAUUGCUCAACUGGAGUCCCGCUGUCAGGAGCCUUGCAGAGACACAGCUGAAAUACAGGAGACAACAGGAAGAGAUUGUCAAGAUGUUGCAAAUAAAGGUGCCAGAAAGAGUGGCCUUUACUUUAUCAAGCCUCAAAGAGCCAAGCAGUCAUUCCUGGUCUACUGUGAGAUUGACUCGUAUGGCAAUGGCUGGACAGUAUUACAGAGGAGGCUGGAUGGGAGUGAGGACUUCAAGAAGAAUUGGAUUCAGUACAAGGAAGGAUUUGGACAUCUGUCUCCAGAUGACACCACUGAGUUCUGGCUCGGCAAUGAAAAGAUUCAUUUAAUAACUACACAGUCCACUCUGCCAUACACCUUACGAGUAGAACUGGAAGACUGGAGUGGCAAAAAAGGCACUGCUGACUACGCUGUGUUCAAGGUGGGAAGUGAACAAGACAAAUACCGACUGACUUACGCCUACUUUAUUGGUGGUGAAGCUGGGGAUGCCUUUGAUGGCUUUGAUUUUGGAGAUGAUCCAAGUGACAAAUCCUUCACCUUUCAUAAUGGCAUGCGGUUCAGCACCUAUGAUAAUGACAAUGAUAACUUUGCUGGCAAUUGUGCUGAACAAGAUGGAUCUGGAUGGUGGAUGAACAGAUGUCAUGCUGCCCACCUCAAUGGCAAAUACUAUAUAGAUGGUGUAUACACAUCAGAAGAUGCUGGUCCAUCUGGAUAUGACAAUGGCAUUAUCUGGGCAACCUGGCGUGAUCGGUGGUACUCCAUGAAGAAAACUGCAAUGAAAAUCAUCCCUUUCAACAGACUGUCAGUAGAUGGACAGCAGCACAACCUAGGCAGUGCCAAACAGGUUCGACCACAGGCCCGAGGAGAUAUUUAAAAUGGCAACAGGAUAUAGUUGUGAUUUCAAACACUAAGCAUGGCCAGGUUGGAGACUCCUAAAGGGACAAUUUCACAAGGAGUGGUCUGAACAGGAAAAACAAGUAUUUCAUCUCUUAGACACUGAACUUACCCAACAUUACACAGUUCAGUUUUCACUGCAAAGCACCACCGACUGUAAAGGGCCCAAGUCUCUUCCCUGAGAAGUGCUUACCUCUGUACAUGAGGUUCUGGUUUGGUUUUUUUUCUGUACAAAUUAUCAAUAAAUUUUUGAUAAUUACAAAAAAC